CGGGUGUUCCGGCCGCCCGGUCCUCUCCACUGAACUCCAACCCCCGCGCUCUCUAUCAGCAUCUCAUUCCUGUCUCAAUAUGUCUCAAGAUGGCGGCCAAUGCAGGAUCGAUGUUUCAAUAUUGGAAGCGCUUUGACUUACAACAACUACAGAAAGAACUAGACGCCACCGCCACUCAGCUUGCCAACCGACAGGAUGAGAGCGAACAGUCCAGGAAGAAGCUCAUCGACCUGAGCCGCGAGUUCAAGAAGAGCACACCAGAGGAUUUCAGGAAACAGGUUGCCCCCUUGCUCAAGAGCUUCCAAGGAGAGAUCGAUGCCUUGAGUAAGAGAAGUAAAGAAGCAGAGGCCGCCUUCUUGAACGUGUACAAGAAAAUAAUCGAUGUCCCAGAUCCUGUACCUGUGUUGGAGCUGGCUCAGCAGCUGCAGCUGAAGCUCCAGAGGAUGCACGACAUUGAGACAGAGAACACCAAACUUCGUGAGACACUGGAGGAGUACAACAAAGAGUUUGCAGAGGUCAAAAACCAAGAGGUGACCAUUAAGGCCUUGAAGGAAAAGAUCCGAGAGUACGAGCAGUCUCUGAAGAACCAAGCUGAGAACCUGGCCCAAGAGAAGCAGCUCCAGCUACACAACGACUAUGCAGAGAAGGAGAGGAAACUCCAGGAGCGCCAGGACUCCAUGUCCUCAAGGUUGGAGGAGGCGGAACACCAGGCCCAGUCCCUACAGACAGCACUUGAAGCAACUCAGGCCGAACUCUUCGAUUUGAAGACCAAGUAUGACGAGGAAUCCACAGCAAAGGCCGACGAGAUUGAGAUGGUGAUGACCGACCUGGAAAGAGCCAAUCAGCGGGCAGAAACCGCUCAGAGGGAGACGGAGUCGCUCAGGGAGCAGCAGUCCUCGAGUAACCAGCCCCAGCAGCACGGCGGCGACACGGAGCAGCAGACGGAGGUGGCAUUGCACUCCAGUCUGGAGGCGGAGCUCAGGGCCAAGGAGAGGGAGACCGCCCAGCUGGUGGAGGACGUCCAGAGACUGCAGGCCAGCCUGACCAAACUCAGAGAGACUACCAGCUCCCAGAUCACACAGCUGGAGCAGCAGCUCAGCAGCAAGACUGCCAUCCUCAAGGAACUGGAGGAGAAAAUGCAGAAACAAGCUGACUAUGAGGAGGUGAAGAAGGAGUUGAGCAUCCUCAAGUCUAUGGAGUUUGGAACAUCGGACUCUGUGCAGGACUCAUCCAAACCUCUGGAGGUGCUGUUGCUGGAGAGGAACCGCAGUCUUCAAUCGGAGACUGCCGCUUUGCGCAUCGCCAACACGGAGCUGAGCGGGUCAGCCAGGCGGAAACGGACAGAACUGUCCACACCGAAGGAGGAGACCAUGCCCAGCGACUCCUCUUCCUCGCCCCCUCCUCCCCCUCCCUCUCUUCCUUCCUCCUCCCAGCUCCCCAUGUCUCGCACUCAUACGAACCCCCUCGUCAUUGCCACCACCACCACCAGCACCAGCACCAGCACCAGCGGCGAAACGCACCCUUUCAGUCCUACGGGCAUUGGACAGGACUUCUACUCGCCUGUGUUCCCUCUGGUGGGUGGUAAGAUGGCUUUGAACUCCCUGAUCCAGCGGCAGCUGCUUCAAACCUUCUACUCCAAAGCCUUGCAGGAGUCAUCUGGAAUCCCCAGUGGGGCUCUGCUGUUCACCCCCUUCACUCCAACCCUCAGCUCCAUCCCUACCUCCACUCCUGGCUCUGGGUCAGCUGCCAUCCCUCUGGCAGCCAGCAGCCCCCAGCCUCCUCAAGCCAGCCCAGACAUGGCUCCUUAUAAUGGGAGCAGCACCGCUGGCAGUGCCCCAACCCCAUCGCCCAUCCACUCCGACGCGACCACGGGAAGUAUUUUGGACGGGGAAGACAUGGACACGGCAGAGAUUGCGCGGCAGGUGAAAGAGCAGCUGAUAAAGCACAACAUUGGCCAGCGUGUGUUUGGCCACUACGUGCUGGGACUGUCCCAGGGUUCGGUCAGUGAGAUCCUGGCCAGACCAAAGCCGUGGAGCAAGCUAACGAUUCGGGGGAAGGAGCCUUUCCACAAGAUGAGGCAGUUCCUCGCCGAUGAGCAGAACAUCCUCGCACUGCGCAGCAUCCAGGGACGGCAAAGAGGUAGCAUUACUGCCCGCGUCCGCACCCCAGAGGCUGGUUCAGAUGAGGCUAUCAAAUCCAUUCUGGAGCAGGCCAAAAGAGAGCUGCAGGUGCAGAAAGCUGACUUGUCCCACGCUCAACCCUUAUAUGCAGGACUGAAAGGAGGGGGCGGAGGCGGAGGGGGAUCAGAUGAGGCGAUCCGCUCCAUUUUAGAGCAAGCGCGCAGAGAGAUGGAGGCCCAACAGACUGCACUGGAGCCCAUCCUCAAGGCCUCAUCUUCGUCUUCCUCCUUUGCAGCACUAUCUCAUAGGGACUUCCUGAACUCCUCGCUCACUGCUCCCCUUCCCCUUUACAACCCUCUGGCACUCUCCCUCAAGAAGCCUCCCAGCUCCCUCUUGUCCUCCCCCUCAUCCCCGUCUCCGAUCCUGGACUUCAGCUCCAGUGUGAAGAGAGAGGGCAGGGCUUCUUUGGGGAUUGACAUGUCCGUUGACGGAGUCCACAGGCUGGGUCGGAGCUCUGAGGGGUCAGCCCGCUGUGGAAGCUCUGGAGGAGUGGGUUAUUGGAGGGAGCAGUGGUGGAGCAACAUGCAUACAGACCCUCGCAGGGCCAUAUCCAGCCAGACUGGAGAGGACAACUACAACCAGGAGGACUCCAAAGAGGGAAUAUUGAGUGACAGUCUGUCUCGACACAAACCGUGGAGCAAGUUGAACCAGAGGAACAGAGAGCCAUACCUCCGCAUGCAGCCGUGGCUCAAUGGAGACCAGGGGCAAAACGCACACAUCCAGCAAGCUCAUAACCAAGCAGAGGGUACUCCCAAGACGUCAGCGAGCUGCAGCCCCGCUCCAGAGUCACCCCUCAGUUCAGCCGAGGAGUCCGUCAAUGGCCUCGCAGGGGAUCCACUGGCUCCACAGUCCUCCAGUCUCAAACUGGCGUCUGAGGAUCCGUCAGGUGGGGAGUCUCAGCCCGGCACCCCGCUGCCUGUUCCUGGUCAUUCGGGUCUCAGCAUCCAGGAAAUGGUCUCAAUGUCUUCUGAGCUUGACACUUAUGCCAUCACCAAGAAGGUUAAGGAGGUGCUCACUGAUAAUAACCUUGGCCAGCGUCUGUUUGGGGAGACGAUCCUGGGUCUGACUCAGGGUUCCGUCUCAGACCUGCUGGCCAGGCCCAAACCCUGGCACAAGCUCAGUCUGAAGGGCAGAGAGCCCUUCGUCCGCAUGCAGCUCUGGCUCCAGGACCCACACAGCGUGGAGAAGCUCAUGGACAUGAAACGUCUGGAGAAGAAAGCUUACAUGAAGAGGCGGCUGAGCUCCUUGAGUGACCACCAUUCUGUGGACGUGGGUUUAGUGGGGACCGAUUACAUCCAGGGCUCCCAGAGCCCGGGACAGCAGCACCUGAAGAAGGCCAGAGUGGUGCUGGGCCCAGAGGAGAAGGAGGCCCUGAAAAGGGCUUACCAGGAGAAACCCUACCCCUCCCCCAAAACCAUUGAGGAGCUGGCCUCCCAGCUCAACCUGAAGACCAGUACUGUCAUUAACUGGUUCCAUAAUUACAGGUCACGUAUCCGGCGAGAGCUCUUCAUCGAGGAGAUCCAGGCAGCUGCAGGGUUACGGCCUGGCAGCGAGGGGGGCUCCCCUUCCCUCCGCGGGUCCAAAUCAGGAGAGGGGGACAGCUGUGACGGGACAGAAUCUGAGGGCACGGUGGAGACACGCCAGGGACUGGGCAUCGGCCUGGAGGAUCACAGAGGAGCAUGCAAAGACGACAUGGAGGUCGAGUCUGAGGCAGGGGGCUCUAAUAACUCCCCUGACCAGUUUGACUGCACCACCUCAGGCUUUGUCGGGCCAGGCUCCAGCUGUGGACAAGGUGGACUGGGGCUCUUCAGCCUCACAGAGGCAUCCUCCAGUGGCUCUGCCUCGAGUACGAACGUCACAGCCUCUGGCGCCGCCAGAAACCCCAGGGACAACAAUCUGCGCAAGAAGAAAGCAGCCAAUCUCAAUAACAUCAUCCACAGGCUGGAGAAGGCUGCCAGCAAAGAGGACCCCUCAGAGUGGGAGUUCUAGUUCCCCCUGACCACCCUUCAUCCCUCUUGUCUCAUAACCUCACGACCUCUAACCUUGGACCGCUCCUGCUCUGUUCCAGUUGGAGAGUGGACACAGCCAAAGUCAAGCUCAGCAGCCAUUUUUAUUACAUAGAAGCUUUCCGAAAAGAGGAAAGAAACAAAGAGUGGUUGGCAAAACCCCUAAAAAGAAGAUUUACUGAAAUCCUAGAAGAACAAAAUAAGAGAACUUGCGUCUCUCUGUUUUUUUAAAACCGAGUUUUGUUUUUGUACUGAGAAAAGCACUUAGCCGUCCUGCUGGCCUCCGGCCCUGCUGUACCUCCCCCGAUCACCAGCCACUGGUGCACCAGACUGGUUAGUCCUGAGCUGGGGUCUGACCCACAGCUGGGGCUGAAACCUGGACUCAGUGACACAGGCAAGGCCUGACACAGCAGCUGUCACAGUGAAAGACACUGAUAGGUUAUAGAUAGAGACAGGAACUCUUACAAGAACUCUCACUUUCUUAAAGGAGAUUUUUUCCGCUCUUCUUCUCACCUCCCAAGUGUCCACAAACCUCCCCUCACUCAGUGAGACGCCUCAUUUUUCACACUGUAGAGUGACUGUUACAAACCCUUUGCCUUUUUCACUCACUGCGUGUGUGUGUGUGUGUUAGUGGUUGUGUCAGUGUGCACCUGUUUGUGUGUGUAUACAAACCUAAAAAUGAUGCGUAUAUGUGUGUGUGUGUUCUCUUCUCCAUGGCAGCAUGUUUCUUUUAAUCUCACUCCUACACUCUUCAGAGGGUAGUGGAAGGCCUGCCGGCUGAGCUGCCAUGGUUACUGAUGUAAGAGAGAUGAACUUUGACCUGUUGUGUCCCAUAUCCUAUCCUGCUGACAGCCAUGUGAUGGCCAGAAGGAUUUCUAAUUCCUCACAAACACACGCACUCAUCUGAAGAGGAAGGAUGGAAGGAACCCCUUUUGCCUCCUUAAAACUCGUCUUUUAAGGAUGAAGGAUGAUCUCUUCGUUUUGAUAUUGCAAUUUGGUUGCCAAUAAGAGAUUGCACAGUCUAUUGACUCUAAAGAGUACAAAAUAGGGAAUUUUAGGAUGCAUUUUUGAUUAGUACAAAAUAACAACAGAAAAAAAGAGAAUUACAAUGUAACUGUUUUUAAAAAAAAGAAGAAGAAUCGAAAUGGAAUAAUGUUGCGUUGUUGAAAUACGAUACAGUGAAUUCAUGUAGUCCUGUAGCUGUCUGACAUGAGGAUGCGAUGCGUGUCUCUUGUUGUUUUAGUUUGUGCACGUCACAGCUUUUACCCAGCACUGGACCUGCUGGGGGGGUUGUCUGCACCACUGACACAUGUUCUCUAUUCACAAACUCACAUUUUUAAAGGCCAAAUCAGGAAGAGUGUGUGUCUUUUGUGUGUGUGUGUGUGUGUGUGUGUGUCUUGUGUGCGUUUGUAUUUGCCUGCAUGAAAGUCAGGGUCGAGGUCAAUUCACUCAGAAUAAAAUGUACAAAGUAGAUUAUCAAUAAUGAAAUUCUUGACUGAAAAGAAAGAAGGGUUUCAGCAAAUGAAUUAGCAAUUUAAGAGUACGAGAUUAUAUCUGUACUUCCUGUUGCUUGCUGUCGAAGUGAAUCCUCCCCAACCCUCGUAUGAGUCGUCACCGCUCACCUCCAGUCUAUCCUGCAUCCAGGGAUAUUUUGCAUUGAAUUCUACUGUAUACACUACAAAUUAUAAGGCAUAUCAACUCCUCCCUGUCCCACACAAGCCCUCAGUGCCUGUCAGCCUACUGCCUCCCCUUUGUGUGUGUGUGUGUGUGUUUGUGUUUGCAUGGGUGCAUGUACACACAUGCCUGUCAAUACAUGCGUGUGCACUAGUGCGUGCGAUUGAGGAGUGUCCAGUGUUUCCAAUGAGUGGGGUCAUAUUUCGUAUCUACUUGCACACACUACUAGUGCACAACUGACACCCUUCUUUUAAGCUGUUUGAUGCGUUACCAUUACAUUAAUCUUCUCACAAAGUAGUGUAAUACUAUGAUUUACUGUAGCUUGGUUUUAUUGCUAUUUUGCAUUUAUAGUUUUGUUUUUAUUCUUCUUAUUUAUAGGUGCUGUAUUUUUCAUUUAAUGUCUUAUCAUUUGAGUUGUCUAUUUUUUAAGGGAUUAUACUGUUCCUGAGGGCAAGUAACAUUUUUAUUAGACGUAUAGACUGCCGGCAGUAUUGGUUAAUAUUUACAAAGAUGUACUAGUUCUCAUUUGUUUGUAUAUUCAUGAAUCCUAAAGUUUAGUGUCAUUUCAAUAGCUUUGAGAAAAAAAAUCUGUGUUUGCUGCAGUUCAUGCUCCCGUAAGCGUUCCACUUUUACCACGACAGUUACGCUCUUAAAUCGCUAGCUAGAGAAUCAAAAAACUUAUCAAGAUCAGCAAACGUACGAUAGCAUAUCACUUUUCCUGUUUUCUGUCCUCCAAUGUUUUUUCGGCUGUUUCUUGGGCCAGCCCAACACUACCGCCCACUCUGUCGUCACGCUAACGUCAUUUACACUUCGUCAAACAGGUCAAAUGAAAUCACCUAAACUUGAAAACACAAGUUAAACUGGAAAGAGGUCAUAUCUGCCAAAUUGAGAUUAGAGAAGUGUACCCGCUAGCAGGAGGUGCUACGUCAGAUUGAACAGAUCGCCAGCCUACGAUUAUGCAGAAUAUAUAUUGCGGUCUGUAACAAAGCACUUAUUAGGAUACUUUUUGAAGACUUACGUGGGACGGAGUCUGUAAACACUACAACGGAGUACGAUCCCGGGAUCCGGGGAAACGUCCGCCUUUAAAAAAAAAAAAAGUGGUUGUGAAGCGAGCACGGACUCUCCUCUGCAGCCGAACACUAACGUACAAACACGAGCUCGCUGUACCCGUGUUCCUCCACACGAUGAACUGUAUUCUUUUACAGUCGCCCCAUAUUUCAAACCACAGGUACCGCGUGACUGAAAGGGGCGUCGGCCUGUGCAGUUGUAGAUAUUAAGAGCAACCGCUUGUUUUGGUUUCUCCUCAGUCCAUCCUCAGUCUCUUCCCCUUUGUACUUCCAGAUGCAGUCGCAGCCUGUCCAACAGUUACUGAUAACAUCGUUGCACUGCGUUUUAGGUGCGUCAUUUCAAAUAGUUUUUGUUCCGGUGUAUCUGAUAAUCGUAAAAGAAAAUCCUGAAGCAUCGGGGUUCCCUUUCGACGACUGAUGUGAAACAUCCGUCUUCUGCAGAUGACCGAUGGCGUCCGGCUUUCUGUCGGACUGCUCGGAGCGGACCGCCACAGUGUGUUCACCGGUGGUGAAUAGCGACUGUAAAGAAUAGAAGCACUUCACCCAUUUAAUAGCCAGACGCAUCAACUCGCCAUAACCACGUGAGGUCAUCAGAUUUAUGCCUUUAACUGCCAAGCAGGGCAUCAAACUAGCGAUGUCAUUCGACGUAGACUAUUCCACCAGAUUUGUUCAUGACGUGUCCCACAUGGGCCCCAAAUUGACCUCUCGUACACUUCACAUUGGUACUUUUUAAAGUCAAGGUUUCUCAGCUCUGUGGCGAGGGUUGUAUAUAAUUCCUGGAGUGCAGUGAAAGAGUAGAAGGAGAACAUGAGCGUGUGUAUUCUAACGACCUGCAGACAGCUUUCGGUCCGGGUCCGAUUUCACACCGUUGUUUUUCCCACAAUGCAUUUCUUACGUUGUACAUAACCUCGACGAGCAGCGAAAAGGCCAGCGCAUUGAAUGAAGGAGGAAGCGUGCAGAAACAGCGUACACUGUAAUAACACUGAAUUUAUUCAUAGGGCAUUUUGUAUUUUUCUGUUUGUGUCAGGUUCGCUGCGACAUUAAUAAUGGCACUGCAGGUAUUGAUAAUGACGUGUGCCAAUUCUGAUGGUUAUUUGGAAAAAACGAGACGUGUAAAUACAGUCGAUCAAGUAGCUAUGGAGUCACUAUUGUCACGGUAUGCUUUUGUUUUGAAGGCAGGAGGAGAGAAGGGACGAUUCAGGACUUUUCCAUGAUCCACAGAUAUUUUUCUACAAAUUUAAAUCAGAUGAUUCUAUACACUGUUGAAUGACAUUGUAAAGGUGUAACAGAUGCUGUAUAUCAUAUCAUGUUUUCUGAAGUCGUAAAGCUUUACUGUAUGAUCUGUUGAAGUAGUGGUUAUUCAUUUGACAUGUUAGUUGUAAUGGAAGCCUGAACAGCAGCACUGGUCACCAUAUUCAGGAGAAAAAGAAAGAAAGAAAAACCUCAGAUGUUUUUUGUAAUACUUUUAGAAUAUAUCUUAUGAAGUGGGUUUUGUAAGGAAUCACUUUCCGAAUCAGUGGUGCUGUAUGAGCAGCGCACACACACACACACCAUGCAGAACACAACACACUCAUCCUUUAAACCCCGCCCACUGUACUCGCCGAGUGCUUUGAGUUUGUUUGUCUUCACGCUCCCCUCUCACAUUGGCUCCAGCGAAUCUUUAAGUCUUAAACCAUUUCCUCUCUUUAUUUCUUCAGUAUUUAAUGCGUAAACGCGACACUUUUUAACACUCCGAGAUCAACUCUGGAGCGAUUUUUAAAAAAACAUUUCAGCGAAUGCUCGCGCAAGAUUUUAGAAGAGGAAGCAAAAAGCCAAAUAGUGAAGUAGUUCUCCACCUCUGUUGGAAGGUUGCUGACAGUUUUUCUGAAUGUCGCCGCUUCAGUUCUCCCACAGCGUAAACCUCCGUUUAGUCUGACAACCAAAUGACCCGGGGAGACCGUCACGCCGCUCCCCACGGGAAGCUUUAAGAUGCUUGUUGAGGCUUUAGCCAGUUCCGAGUUGUUUUUAGAGGAUAUUUUUUCCAACCUUGUCAUCAACAAUGUGGAAGUAAUCAUUUUCAUAACUUCUCCCACUGCCUAUUUUGUGUGUGUGUGUGAGUGUGUGUGCGCGCGUACAUGUGUGUUGUAGUACAAAAGGCUGCAUGACUGUAAAGGGAUGGUUAAAAUGUUUUUUUGAGAGUCGUUUCCCGAGCACUUCUGUCACUCCUGAAAUGCUUUAUUCUCCUUUUUGGGGUCUCCCUCCCUUUUGUUUUUCCUCAUGUAUCAUUGUUUCUUUAUCUUUCUAUUUACUAAACGUAUCAUGUUGUUUGUUCUCAGCACUGUAAAACAGUCCCUUCUACAACAUUGAAAAGCAAUAUCACUGUAUGAAACGUUCACAAUGUAUUUGUUAUGAUUGACAUUUGAUUCAUCAUCAUUAUUAUUCACAUGCACCCUAGGUGUGAUAAUUGAAGUAAAUCUCUUUUAUACAAAUACUAA